AUGUCAUACCUUCGAACCCUCUCACUCUAUGAACAUUGGGAUGAGUUUGUUGAUGAAACUGUUAAAAUGAUAAUUGAAGAGUGGUCCUCAUCACCUUCCGUACGAAAAGUAAUGCUCCUCAACGAUAAAAACACACAGGAAAAUAAUAAUUCGCCUGUUCCUGUGAGUUUAAUUUUGGUCAAUGAAGAAAAUCAAGUGGUUUCACAUGCUAAAUUAAUUAAAUCACAGGAAAAUGUUUAUAUCAUUGAAACUGUUGUCACUCGGAAAGAUAAAAGAGGUCUCGGAUAUGGAAAGAGAAUUGUAGAUGAAAUGUGUUUAUAUUUUAAAAACAAUUUUAUUACUGAUACAUCCAGUACUUUGUAUCUAUCAACUAAAAUACCUAAAUUCUAUGAAAAGAGUGGAUUUAUAACAAGUCAACCACCAGAGGCUUGUGGAAAAGUCUGUUCAAACCUCAAUUCAUCUCAAAUUAAUUCAUUGUCUGCCAUGUUAUCAAAGAGAAAUCAAACUAAUUUACCUUUAAGCUCUGAAUCCAAAUCUGAUGAAGUGUGGAUGAAAUGGAUUGUUCAAUAA